AAACGUACCCCCAAAAUACACACAUACACUCUCUCUCUUAAUGGUUUGUAAAUUCAGAUGAAUGUAAACUUAAACCUCAUGCAUUUUCAGAUUCUCUGCACAGGUCUUUCUUUACUCUUGCCCUCUCCGCCUUGUGGGUUUCAAAUGUUGAAUCAAUAAGGAAGAAGAAGUGAGAGAAAAAACCCAGAAAUUUGUCAACCAUGGGAGAAUCAUGUGAAGUGCACACUGACGACAGUAAAGUUCUGUCAGAGAAGAAACAUAAAAGAAUUGUCAAGACGCCUUCUCAGGUUGAGGCUUUGGAGAAUUUUUAUAAUGAACACAAAUAUCCUACAGAGGAUGAGAAAUGUCAGCUUGCGGAGUCAAUAGGAUUGACAGAAAAGCAAAUUUCUGGAUGGUUUUGCCACAGAAGGUUGAAAGACAAGAGAUUAUUUGGUGAAGCUAAUACAAAUGGAAGACAAGAUCGUUCAAGCAGUGUUAUACAGGAUCGUGGAAGUGGUCUUAGGCAGGAUUCAUGUGGCAGCACCAAACAAGGGGAGUACAGAAUCUUUGACCAAAGGGAAGUUGAAAGUAGAAGAUUUACUAGCCAUGAUAUUCCAUCUGCAGACCUCACAUACGAGCACAGGAGUCACCAUACUGGAAACUAUAGUGGCAUGGAUGAUACAUCUUCAGGAAGUAGCUCUCCUCUACGAGGUGGGUUUUACCCUCAAAAUGAGGAUACUUUUGAGACGCGAACUUUGAGACACUUACCACAGAAUAGAAACAUUGUGCCAAGAGAUGUGAAGGAUGUAAAAUCCAGGACCAGGCCAUCAGGAUAUUUAAAGGUGAAGGGUCAGGUUGAAAAUGCUGCUAUUACAGCUGUUAAGAGGCAACUGGGGAGGCAUUAUAGGGAGGGCGGUCCAUUACUUGGUGUAGAAUUUCAGCCACUUCCCCCUGGUGCAUUUGAGUCUUCAAGUAGGAAUCCAGUCAAUGGUUAG